CCUCCUCCAUCUGCUGCCUUCCGCUGAACUACAUCGGCCGAGUUUAGCGUAUACCGUAACUGCAUGGCAGAUGGUGCACUGAGGGUGUUUCUUUUCUGUUUUUCUUUUUCAGUAAAGACCAGCCGCUAUGCAGUGCUGGUAUUCGGUGCGUGACUUUUAGCUCUCUGUUUGGCAGGACAGACUGAGUGCAGACAUCAGGAAGCUGAAGAAAAGAGCUGUGAGAGCAGCCAGGCAGUCAGGAGGCCACGGUUCCCCCUCACACACAUACACACAUCACCACGGUCUUGAUGGUGAUGUAUGCAAGGAAACCAACAAGAGUCAGCGAUGGGUGCAACGACAGAAGGGAUCCCCAAUCGUAUCAGACCCAUAAAUCUCAGCCAAAGAGCCAGGCCACAAGCCUUCACCGCUACGACAAGGUGCGCGAUGGGUCGUCAGAUCCUGUGCCCCCUUACAAGAUGCAGCGACGCUCAGACGAAAGUCCUGUCAGCAGACACGGGGAAGGCACGGGACAUGGCAAGGCGAAACCCUCUCACAGCGUCAGAGGGAAAAACGGGACCAGUGGCUCUCCUCAGGAGAACUCCCACAACAACAGUUCUCACCAUGGCACCGACUUGCACGCGGCUCAGAGCAAGCCCGCAGACAGGGACCCAGCAGAUGACUGGACAGAGCACAUUAGCUCUUCUGGGAAGAAGUACUACUACAACUGUAGAACUGAGGUCUCCCAGUGGGAAAAGCCCAAGGACCUGCUGGAGAGGGAACAACGGCAGAAAGACUCAGUCAAGAUGGCAGCAAACAGUUUUCCCAGGGACAUGGACUACAGACAAGAGGCCUUGCAGGACAAAGCCACAACAAAAAUCGCAUCAGUGGAUCAGUCCACAGCAGCCAAUUGCGGCCAUUCCUCCUCUUCCUCUCAGAGCCUGACCCCUGCUGCCGCCGCUAUAGGCUCCACCCCUUCCAGCAUGUCGUCCUCUUCUUCGUCCUCUAGCGGUCAGGCGCCUCCGUCUGCCCAGUUGCCCUCGCCGGCGCUGCUCCAGGACCCGGCGCUCCUGCAUCAGCUCCUCCCGGCGCUGCAAGCAACUUUGCAGAUGAACAACGGCAGCAUGGACGUGGCCAAGCUCAACGAGGUAUUGGCAGCUGCUGUCACCCAAGCUUCCUUGCAGUCUGUGCUUCAUAAGCUCCUCACUGCUGGACCUGCUUUCAACGUCACUGCUCUGCUCUCAGCUGCUCAGCACUCCAACCAAGCCCAGCACUCGAGUCAGUCGCCAGUCUCCCUGACGUCCGACACAUCAUCCCCGCGGCCGUACGUCUCACCACGGAACGGCACGCCACAGAGCAACCAGAAGUCUCAUUUGGGUGUGCAUCCUGGCAGCGUCUCAUCCUCGCAAACCAGGGGCAGCAUGUCUUCGGGGAAGCCAGGCUCAGCUUCCUUGUCCCAGACAGCAGAAAAGCGUCCAGAAGACCCCAGAACUCUGCAGCAGAGAAGCAGCCAGGACAUGUUGUGCACAGGAUCAAACGCAUCUGGUGCCUUGUUGCCUCACGCCCCGUCCAGCAGUGCGAGCCACUCAGACACCCCUGGCUCCUUCACUCCCAGCCUGGCAGCUCAUUUCGAUGAAAACCUCAUCAGACAUAUCCAAGGGUGGCCUUCAGAGAACACAGAGAAACAGGCGGCUCGGUUGCGUGAAGACAUCCACAACAUGGGCAGCUUGUACAUGUCUGAAAUCUGCACAGAGAUGAAAAAUCUUCGGUCUCUGGUCAGAGUGUGUGAAAUCCAGGCCACACUGAGGGAGCAGAGAAUCUUGUUUCUGAGGCAACAGAGCAAAGAGCUGGACAAGCUGAAGAACCAGAACUCCUACAUGGUGUGAGGACCUGACCCGAGAGGAACAGGCUUGGAUUGUCCGAUUGAGACAAUUAGAGAGGGAGGAAUAGACACGGACAGCGAGCUGCUACAGUUUAUCCCUCUUGCAAGAGCGACUGUUAAGUCAGUAACUGACAGUGAAGCUCCGUCAUCCUGAACAUGUCUUUUCUUUUUAAUAUAUAUAUAUAUAUAUAUUUUUUUCUCCAUUGUCCACUACAUAAAUUGCUCAAACCGACUGUUCGCAUGUCGGAACAGCUAAAAAAAAGUGGACAACGGGACCUUUUUUGGACAGCACCUUUUGGACCACGAACCUUGGAUUGUGUGUGUUGUAUUGGGUUAACUUGUUUUCUGGUGUGUUUUGAUGUGUAGUGGUCAGGAAGAGAGUCAAAAUGAACUAAGACAAACCCUCUUGUGAUUGGUGUGACACUUCUGUGGGUGGGGGGGAGAGCGAUCAGGUCCCCUUCCCAAACUUCUGAAACGAACUUUGUCAUGCACUGCGAUGUGUGGCUUCAGUGGCAGUGAUGUUACUGUUAUUUUUCUUUUUUUGUUCACCAAUCAGUGGGUUUGCCAACCCAUUUUGUCUUAAAGCUGGUUUGU